UCACUUUUGAUUGGAUUUGGAACGACACGUUUUUUUCUAUUAUCGUCACAUAACUUUAAUGAACCUUAAUUUCUAUUGUCAUGAAUAUUAAUCUGAAUAUUUGCAAUGUAACUAUUACUGGAUUAGCAUUUUUCUUUCUUUUCGCUGCAUUUCAAACAGCAUCCUUGACUGCACAAAAUGUUUUGGAAGCUGUCUCAAAACAGCGUAACAACAGUUUUGAUGGCACAGGUUACACUAGCUUAGCAAUUGUGUAUAUCUCAUUUGGUUUAUUCAACUGGUUUGCACCAAUUGUUGUAAUGUAUCUGGGAGAAAAAUAUUCUAUGAUCGCUGGUUCAUUUUGUUAUGCUUUAUACAUUGCUUCAUAUAUUGAACCCUUUGAGUGGAGCCUGUAUUCGGCAUCUUUGGUAAAUGGAAUCGGUGCAGCAGUGUUGUGGACAGCUCAAGGUGCAUUCAUUACCGAUUGUUCUACCAAAUCUAAUUUAAAUCAACAUUUCAGUCUGUUCUGGGGAUUAUUCCAAGCUAAUCAAAUAGUUGGUGGUUUGUACGCUUACCUAUCACUAUCGAAUAUAGAUGAAAUCUCUCGCACAUUACGUAUUCGGCUUUAUGGUGGAUUGUUGGGAUGUGCUAUUUUUGGAAUUUUAUUAUUAUUCACACUGAGAAAGCCUCAUAAAACAGACAACAUUUCACACCAGCAGUUAAUUAAUAUGGAGAUGAAUUCCUCUGGUGAUAACUUGAGUGAAUUAACUCCAGAUUACUCAACAAUUCAAAAUCGUUCGACAGUUUUUCAGUCGACUUUACACUCUUUACGUAGGUCGGUUAAAAUUCUAAUCACAAGACCAAUGAUUUGCAUUCUGGUGGCAGCAGCAUUUACUGGUAUUAAUUUGACGUUCUAUUCAAGUCUAUAUGCUUCUGCGUUAGGACAUUGUUUACAUUUCGGUAGAAAUGCAAAGUCUUAUAUUGGAUUAGCUGGCCUGUUUAUUGGGAUUGGAGAAAUUGUCGGUAGUUUCUCUUCACAUUUAACUCGGUGGAUUCGUUUAGAAGGAGUUCUAGUUAUUUUUGGUUACAUCAGUGCAAUUGUAGCUGGCUAUUUCACUUUCAUGAUGUUACCGACAAACAGUUCUAUAAAAGAUACGGAUGAUCUGUCUUAUAUUACUCCUAAUGUCUAUUUGGCUAUGCUCAUAGCAUUUUUGUUUGGUGGUGUGGAUUCCGUGUGGAACACACAAAUUUCUACUUUAAUUGGUUUCAUUUAUGGUGAACAUGGAAGGGAUGUUACAGUUGGGUUUGCUUUAUUCAAAUCUGUUCAAUCUAUCGUAUCGGGAAUUGCUUUUGUCUAUAGCACUUACCUACUAUUACACUGGCAAAUACUCAUUUUUGUUGUAAUGGCUACUAGUGGUUUGUAUUGCCUACUCAGUGUCUAUUGGUCACAUCUAUCUCGCUCAGUAAAUUUGAUCGCCUAGACUGAACGAGCUUCUCCAUGCUAAUGUAACAAAACAUUAACACCUCAGUGCUCAAUAUAAAGUUAACUGUGAUUACUCUUGAAAACCAUCUUGUCGUUAUUACUUAUCCUUUUCUAAAUUGACAAUGUUGAAGAAUUGUUUGCAUAGGAAAUUGGCUUUUGUGCACAUUUUCUUUCCUAUGUUUUUUUUAUUUAUUCAGUUUGUUCUCAACUAUCGAUGAAUUUUAUUGCAAUCACGAUUAAAAAUCAUUACGACUUA